GUGAUUUUUUGGCAGAUCAUUGACAGUGGAGCGACCAGGCGACCUCAAUACACCACGGGCGUCUCCCAGUUUCCGUCUCAUUGUGGUUUGUGGGUCCAGGUUGGCAGAUCUGCUUUGAUCUGUGUGAGGUGAGGGCCCCUCCUGCAGAGGACAGGACACGAGAAGGUACGUGGGCAGGCGGGAAGGAGCACCUAGGGCGUCGUCGGUGGACAAACGGCCCUCAUUUCUCAUUGUGUGUGUGUCACUCUCAGGUCGUCAAGCGGCGGCAGUAAGUAUGAGGCCCUCUCUCUGCCCACCACCUAGCCCCACUCAUGGCCGCACGACAAGCAGCAGCUGAGCAGCAACAGGAGAGCGCCGCGGAGUCCCCGAUGGACGUCGACGCCGUGCAGCAACUCCAGAGCGGCGAUGAACCUGACCGUAAGCACCGAACUGCAUCUCAGACGCAAUCACACUCGUAGCACUUGAUUUGUGUCCAUGUGUGUGCCCAUGGUUGAUUGUGUUCAGGUGAGGACAAUGAGGAGGGCGGUGUGAUGGCCGAUGGGAGCCAAUCGGUGAGGCAUUCAUUCGCGAGCACCCCGUCCGUCCAUGUGACGCUCGUCACCUGGCUGUUCUCCCAUUGCCUCUGUGUCGCUGUGUCAGGACGGUGGUAUGCAGGACGACAGUGACGACGGAGGGAUGCUGGACGAAGACCAAGACCAAGACGACGAGAUGGAUGACAGUGAGGGGGACGACGGCAGUGACUCAGACAGCGACGGUCAUGACGAUGGCUAUGAGGAGAACGGUACGCCAGGCAGAUAGACACAUGAGAGGGAGGGAGGGAGGUGCGGGCCCAUACAUGCAUUCGUUGUCGGUGUGCGUCGUCUGAUGACGGUGUGUGUUGUAGGUAACCCGGUGGUGCCAAUCACCUCGGUCGACGUACCAGACGGUUGUUUGGGUGUCAAUGACAUCGAGGCUCGCUUCCCUCUCGGCACCAACGAGGCCACCAAGGAGCUGGCAUUGGGCAUCAUCGGCCGCACCAUCAUCGACCCACGCCAAGUGACCACCCUCAUCCGGCAGCACCAGGGCGCCGAGCCGGAUAUCGCCCCGAAGCUGCGGCAGAAGGGCAGCAACUGUCGUGGCGAUCGUCCCUGCUCCCUGGUCCAUCUCGCCAUUGACAACAAGUCGGACUACACCGUCGAGACCAUCCAUGCAGAAGCCGAUGAGGGUGCUAUCCGUCCCGUGGCCCUUCCGAAGUGGCCGUCUGACGAGCUGGAGGAGGGCAUCCUGACCGCACUCAUUGACGGAGGCGCCGACCUCAACACGGACUUGGACAGGCCCCUUCGAGGGGCGAUCCAACGGGGCAGGAAGACGGUAUUCGACCUGCUGAUGGAGCGGGACGACAUCGAUCUGCGCGGAGCAACGGCGAUGGAGCUACCCGACCCGCGUCGUCAGCCUCCCUCUUGA